AUGUCGAAUACGGGAGCGCAAGUCCUUUCAGAAGGUGUGGGCUACGGCGUUGUCCUCGGUAUCGGACUCGUGUUCGCCCUCAUCAUGAUGGGUCUCUCGGCUCUUCAGAACCGAUACACGUCGUUUAAAAUCGGCACCUCGGAGGAAUUCAACACGGCAUCUCGCUCCGUCAAGCCUGGUCUCAUAGCUUCGGGGAUCGUGUCGGCGUGGACAUGGGCUGCGACACUGCUACAAAGCUCUACCGUCACCUAUGAAUAUGGUCUUUGCGGUGGGUACUACUAUGCCGCCGGCGCGACCCUCCAAAUCUUCAUGAUGGCGAUCCUCUCCGUUCGCGUGAAGAUGAUCGCGCCGUAUUGUCACACCUACCUGGAGAUCGUGCACGCUCGCUAUGGGAAUACGGCACAUUUUGUGUUCGCUACCUUUGGACUAGUCGUGAACCUAUUUGUCUCCAGUAUGCUCCUUCUGGGCGGCAGUGCUGUGGUAAACGCGUUCACCGGGAUGAACGUUUACGCUGCAAACUUCCUUAUCCCUCUCGGCGUGUGCAUCUACGUCAUCUUGGGUGGACUGCGAGCAACUUUCCUCUGCGAUUACUCGCAUACGCUAAUCCUUAUGAUUAUCAUCCUCUACUUCUUUUUCUACACUUAUGCCGAGUCGGACUUGAUCGGAGGUUAUGAAGGCAUGUAUCGCAUGCUUCAGCAAGCCGCCAAGGAGCGUCCUGUCUCUGUCAACGAAGGUGGAUCAUACCUUACACUAAAAUCCAAUUAUGGCUUAACGUUUAUGAUCAUUCAGAUCACAGGCGGAUUCGGAACCGUCAUCUUAGACCAAGGAUAUUGGCAGAGAGCCAUCGCGUCGGAAGCUAAGACGGCUGUGGAAGCCUACCUAAUGGGAGGCAUUGCGUGGUUUGCUGUGCCCCUCACGUUUUCGAGCGUAAUGGGAUUGGCCGCCGUUGCAUUAGCCAACAGCCCCUCUUUUCCAUACCCAGGCGGUCUAAACAGCGCGCAAAUCGAUGCAGGGCUAGCCGCUCCAGCUGGAGUCGUGGCACUGCUUGGUAGCGGGGGAGCGGUGGCCAUGCUCAUUCUUCUUUUUAUGGCCGUGACUUCAGCUUCGUCUUCGGAGAUGAUAGCCACGUCUUCAAUCCUGACGUUCGACAUUUACCAGAUUCACUUCAAACCUGACGCUUCUCCUGAGAUGCUUAUCCGCAUGUCCCAUAUCAUGGUCGGGAUUUGGGCUGUUGUGAUGGCAUGCAUCGCCUCCUUAUGGAAUGGCAUCGGAAUCUCGUUGAACUGGCUGUUCCUGUUCAUGGGAACACUGUUCACUGGUGCGGUGGGACCGAUCAUAUUCUCAGUUACAUGGCGCAAACAGACUGGUACUGCUGCUAUCAGCGGAGCACUUGGCGGACUUGCCGUGGGUAUUGUGGCUUGGUUGGCGGUUGCUAAAACGUACUAUGGUGAAGUCACCAUUGAGACGACAGGAAACAUGUAUCCAAACCUCGCAGGCAAUAUGGGCGCAUGCUGUUCAGGGGCGAUCAUCUCCGCAGUUAUUACCUUGAUCAAACCCGACAACUCUUUUGACUGGUCAGAGACGAAGCGGAUCAACCCCAGAGCGCAGAGGCUGGAUCAAGCUGGUUCACCCGAGUCUGACUCAAAGGAGAAGAAAAUUAGGACAGAAGUACAAACCGUUCCAGCGACGGAUACUCCUCCAACGGGCGGUAAACUCGAAGAUUACAAUCACUUGAAGAAGUCCUUGAGGGCGGCCACCUGGGCCGCGUUCAGCUUGACAUUCAUCACCAUCUUUGUAAGUCAAGCCAUGCAUUCGUGA